UUUGAGGAAAAGUCCAUUUCAGCUUUGAAGAGCUCCGAAGCAGCGUAUUUCUUACUGGAUGGGCUGAAGGAACAAUUAAUGCUUGUUAUAGGGAGAGUUCAUAAACCUUGAUUUUGAACACUGGUAGCUUUCUCCGCCUUGCUGAAAUCAGCAACCUAGAACCAACCUUGAGGGAAAACGAAAUAUUUGACAGUCAAACCUAGGAUUUGAAACUUUUGGAGUUUUCAGUGAAAUAUUUCUGUCUCAUUAAAUGCUGAUUUGUGAAUAUUCGAAGAGGACCUUAACGUGUUCUUCUGUACGGACGCCUGUUGCUUGGCAAUUCAGAGAAUAUUCCAGGGCAAUUAGAAGGAAGUUACAAGUAUGCAGAGUAAUAGAAGUAGCUUAGAAAUGAAAGAAAAUGCUCAAAUACUAUGAGAAGAUAUGUGGUAAAGAGAGAGACUAUACUCUUGGAUGCAACUUCACUCAGAGAUUCUAAUUAAAAACACCUCUGGAUCAAGUGUGUGUCUUGAAGAAACAGCUGUUAGAGAAGCAGUGGAUGUGUUCUGUGCAUCAAGAAAGUAAUGUGCUUUGAAAUUUGCGCAGCAAAGUAUACUGUAAGCUCUUCAAGAAACUCAAUGCUGUUCUUAAUGAAAUAAAUGUGAUUUAACUUUAUCUUCUAAUGUUGCAGUGUUUGGUAACUUUAAAAAAGACUCCCUUUUAAUUAGCAUUGGAGUAUCAACUGCAAUCAAAGCUUCAAGAGAAAGAUUGUAUAGGUUUUCAUUCUAGGAAACUUUAAAAGUUAAUGUGACAACAGCACCAUGUCACAACGUGGAUAUUCAAGAGAUGGACAAGAAAACCAUCACCAGAUGCUUCACAGAGUUAGUAAUUUCCGUCACAGGCUUACCUCAGCCGUACAGCGAUCUCUUACAAAAAGGCAUGGAAGAAAUUACCCUUGCCACGUGCGGUCGGAUGAAAUCAUGCAUCAGGAUAUUGUUCCCCUCUGUGCUGAAGAUAUUGAAGACCAGCUAAGAAAAAAGUUUGCAUAUCUUUCAGGCGGGCGAGGAAGAGAUGGCUGUCCUGUCAUCACUUUUCCCGAAUAUUCCACAUUCAGUGAAAUUCCAGAAAAGGAGUUUCAAAGUGUUUUGACAUAUCUCACUAAUAUUCCCAGUUCACAAGAUGCUGGAAUUGGAUUUAUCCUUGUCAUAGACCGCAGGCAAGACAAAUGGACAUCAGUGCACGCCUCUAUACUGCGAAUUGCGACAUCAUUUCCAGGAAAUUUGCAGCUAGUUCUGGUUUUGCGUCCAACUGGUUUCUUUCACAGAACUCUCUUCGACAUUACAUUCAAAUUUCAUAGAGAUGACUAUAAAAUGAAGCUACCGAUCAUAAUGCUAAGCUCACUAACAGAAUUAAAUAGCUACAUUGAUAGAGCCCAGCUAACUGAAGAUCUUGGGGGUUCCCUAGAUUACUGCCAUAAUAGGUGGCUUGCACAGCGCACUGCUAUAGAGAGCUUUGCUCAAAUGGUUAAGCAGACAGCUCAAACACUUCAAUCCUUUGGAAAUGAACUUGCAGAAACAGAGCUGCCAAAUGACGCUCAGUCCACCAGCCACCUCCUUGCAACACAUACAGACAGCAGAGACAAAAUGAAGGAAGAUUUGAAAAUAGCAUUAAGGCAAGGUCAUGAUAUUCUCCACAGUAUUCAAAAACCAGUCCUUGAAAACCCAGAGUACAAAAUGAAUCCGGAUCAAACAGAAAAUCAGAUUACGGUGGAAAGGCUUUUAUCUCAGCUAGAUGAGACAGAAGCAGCCUUUGAUGACUUUUGGUCUAAACAUCAGCAGAAGCUUGAGCAAUGCUUACAACUGAGACAUUUCGAACUAGAUUUCAAAGAGGUCAAAACAGCACUUGAUAGUGUGUCUGAGAAAUUAUUUCAUUUCACAGAAGUGGGAAACAGCAGUUCACAUGUAGAGCACCUUCUGAAAGAUCUUGCCAGUUUUGAAGAAAAAUCACAAGAAGUUUUGGAAAAAGCCAGCAUACUAAUUUCUAAAGGUGACCAGUUUAUAGAAAACAAGCAUUAUGCUGUGGACUCUAUUCUUCCAAAGUGCAGUGAACUCCAACAUCACUAUGAAACAAUUAUUUCAGAAGUCGAUAAAAAAAGAGCUCUCCUGAACCAUUCAUUUGAAUUACAUAGAUGGUUGGAAAAGUGCAUGAAGUGGUGUGAUGAUGGAAUUUACCUGCUGGCUUCUCAACCUGUAGACAAAUGCCAGUCGCAGGAUGGAGCAGAAUCAGCUCUGCAGGAGAUUGAGACAUUUUUGGAGAUGGGUGGUGAUAAUAAACUCAGGGAACCAAAUUACUUGUCCAAAGAAUUUGAAGCUAUCCUCACCGAGGAAUUAAUGGAACAUGUACAAAAGGUUUUUCAGAAACAGAAAAGUAUGGAAGAAAUGUUUCAAAAGAGGCAGAUCAGUCUUAAGAAACUGGCAGCUAGGCAGACACGCCCUGUUCAGCCAGUAGCACCUAGACCAGAGGGAUAUCUAAAAUCACCUUAUCCAGGCCUUCAAAUAGAGUCUGAAGAUUCAUCCAGCCCUGAUAAUCAUGCAAUAAGGAGAGUGAACUUUGGAAAAAUCAAGAGUGAGAUAAGUGAAAUCCAGCAAUCUAGAAGUGUAUCCAUGACAGAUGAUGAAGAAAAUCUAGCAGUGUUACGCAAACAUGUUAUGAAUGAACUUCUUGAAACUGAACGAGCUUAUGUGGAAAAACUUCUCUGUGUUCUUGAGGGCUAUGCGGCAGAAAUGGACAACCCCUUAAUGGCACAUCUCAUUUCACCUGGGCUACAAAAUAAGAAAGAUGUUUUGUUUGGAAAUAUGGAAGAAAUCUAUCACUUUCACAACAGAAUAUUCUUGAAAGAAAUAGAAGAUUACAUAGAAUACCCUCAACUAAUAGGACGUUGUUUUCUUGAACGGAUGAAAGACUUUAAAAUUUAUGAAAAAUAUUGUCAAAAUAAACCUCGAUCAGAAAGUCUUUGGAGGCAGUGUUCAGAUUCACCAUUCUUCCAGGAGUGUCAACGAAAACUUGAUCACAAGUUGAGUUUGGAUUCCUACUUACUAAAGCCUAUUCAAAGAAUAACCAAAUAUCAACUGUUGCUAAAGGAAAUGUUAAAGUACAGUAAAAAUUGUGAAGGUGCUGAAGAUCUCCAAGUGGCCCUGACAUCGAUAUUGGGAAUUCUUAAAGCAGUUAAUGAUUCCAUGCAUCAAAUUGCAAUCACUGGCUAUGAGGGGAACCUGAAUGAACUGGGCAAACUUUUAAUGCAAGGAUCCUUCAAUGUCUGGAUCGAUCAUAAAAAGGGCCACUCAAAAGUGAAAGAUUUGGCCCGGUUUAAGCCAAUGCAAAGACACCUCUUCCUCCAUGAGAAAGCGAUUUUAUUCUGCAAAAAGAGAGAAGAAAAUGGAGAAGGAUAUGAAAAAGCACCCUCAUACAGCUUUAAGCAUUCUUUAAAUAUGACUGCAGUUGGAAUAACGGAAAAUGUGAAAGGCGAUAUUAAAAAAUUUGAAAUUUGGUAUAAUGCAAGGGAAGAAGUUUACAUAAUACAGGCUACAACUCCUGAAGUCAAAUCUACCUGGGUAAAUGAAAUUAGGAAGGUAUUGACCAGCCAAUUACAGGCUUGCAGGCAGGCUAGCCAGCACAAAGCUCUUGAACAAACUCAGAGCUUACCUCUGUCUCUCUCAGCUAAUACCAGCCCUUUAAGAAAUGAGAGAAGGCACUUGAGAAAACAGGAAGUGAGAAAUGCAGAUUCUGUAAGCCCAGAUGGUUGUGUUGUGUCAGCAGCAUCAAAGAAUCCUGAAAAAAGCAAAGGAUGGUCCAAAACAUCUCAAUCUCUUGAUGCUUCUGAAGAAAAUGAUGGUUGGUCUAGUGCAGAAGAUCCACUUAAUUCAUCAGAUGCAGAAGAAGAGGGAAAGGGAGAAAAGAAAUUGAUUCCUGGUAAAUACUCUGUUGUGUCCAGUUACGAUAAAGGCAACUCAAAUGGUCUGAUCCUGAACAGUGGAGAGUUAGUUCAGCUGAUCCAUGAAGGAGCAGAUGGUCUUUGGUACCUGAGGAAUCUGAGCACGAACAAAGAAGGUUGGGUCCCCAUCAACAUUUUGCUGCCAUUACUUGGUAACUCCAAAUCUGCUCUCUCUCUCAGCAGCUCAGAGUCUGUAGCCGGUUCAAGUACGCUGAGUUCAUCUUCAAGUUACAGUGAAAGUUGCAACAUCAGUAGCACCAGCUUCUCAGAUACUAAAGGUUAAAUUAAAAGCUCCAUCACAACUCUUCUGAAGAUUUAAAACUGCCAAUGCAAAGAUGAGAUUUUAAAGAAGUAAAGAAGCAUCAUAAUGGCUCACCUCUCAGUUGCUCCUCUUGUGUUUAAUGAUGGUUUAGUGAGCAUUCUUGAAGAAACUGAAUACAUUGGUAAUGGAUUAGUGGAAAUAACACUUGUGGAAGCUGCAUUACAGAGACUUAUCACUCUUCCAGAAUAAAAUGGACCUUGUCGUGGAUAACUUGGGAAGAAUAUUACAAAGCAGCCAGUAGUUUCCAUUGUGUAAAUCUGACUAGUUAAAACAAUAAUUAUUCAAUGAAUACAGUAUGUAGAAAACAACAACUGAAAAACUUGAUCCUCAUAAAUAAAUGAAUAAAAGCCAUUUGGGGUCAAAAUAUAAUGUGCAGGAAAUCACAGCAUUGGGUAUUUGCUAUUUGAUGUAGUAAUUAUUUUCUGACUUCAUUUUCUGUGGCAUUUCCAUUUGCCAUGGUAAAAAAUGAUAAUAAUCGGAGGUAUUUUUAGCACUGAACCAAAUUUUAUGACCAAUUAUAAUUAUUUAUGGAAUUAGGACCAUUUAGUAGUUAUUUGGUCAUACAAAUCUUACUUUGUAAACAAUGGAGUAAAAACACUGAAAUCCAUUUUGUAUUACUUCAGAUGAUACCACAAUACAAAAUUGUCUUCUGCCCUUGCAGUUAGGCCGAAAGCUGUUCAAUGAAAAAUUUCUAAUUCUCUGUAUGACUGAAACCCCAUUGCUGCUUAAAGUUUAUUGUAAAAUUAAAGGCACCACACAACAUGAAAAAAACCUGUUAUAAUUUUUUUAAAAAAAGAAAUUCUUAAGUAUUUUACUUCCUUUGUGUGAAAUAGAGUAAGUAAUAUUGUACAAACAAUUUCUUCUAAGAAAAUGGUUUCUAAAUCUGUCUUGCCAAAGGAAGAACUACUUAAAACCCACAUUUAAACCAUGCUGGAUUCACCAAUACAUCUGAAUUAAUUUACAGCUCAUGCUGGUGUUUUGUGGAAAUCACUGUUUGACUUUCAGCAUUUAUGAAAGCAGUGGAACUCGAACAGGUUUGUUUGGAUUUUGGCUCUGGAAAUAUAACCGCUUCUCAUUGCUGGUUGUUCUAAAUGCCAGAAUAGUUCUGGGCCAAAGUUGCCAUCAGCUGCAACUGACUCUGGUCAGUACCCCAAGAUACUAUUUUUGUAUGUCUGUUUAUAUAUGUGUGUUAUGUAUUAAUGUAAAAAUAUGUAUUUAUACUCUUCCAGCUCCUAGAGAUGCCUUUGCAUUUCAGUUUUUUAAAAGGCAGCAAUGUGUAGCCUUUCCAAGGUGUUCUUAAUACACUUUCAGCAUAAAACGAUCUUUCUCUCUCUGAACCUUCUCGGAAAACAGGACUGUACCAGCCAAGUCACUAUUGGUUCUGUUCUGCUAAUCUACUAGCAAUAUUCUUUAUAACUUAUUUUGUAAAUAUGGGUGUUACAACAAGAGAAAAAGAAACUCUUUUAUUCACAACAGAAGGAAGGAUGUCAUGCUGAUGUACAUACAUAGGGCUUAUCACUUCCUCCAUCUGCCAGUGGCUUCAGCUUGGGAAAGUUGCAAAACAAUAAGUGACUUUUUAACAUGACAUGUAUAAAAUGGCUGGUUAUCUUUGGCUUCUGUAAAGAGCUACUGCAGGGAAGUAAAACUCUGCAGAAGGCUCUCCUAUCAAAUCCUGACUCUGUUUACUUUAUACUUGCCAGUGUCAUUUCAUGUGGUUGUACAUGUAUCAUUGCACUUUAAUCUAUAGCCAACGUUUCAAUUUUCUACUGCUGAUGUAAAUUACUACUACAGAAUCUAGUAUCCUUAUUGUAUGUAUGAAACGUUGAAUAAAUUUAAGCAUUACUUG